AUGGAUAAAAUAAGUAGCCAGCCUGAUCUCAAACAGCAAAUUGAAGUUCUCAUACAACCAGAGAAAGAUGUCAUACAAGUCACUGUUUGCAACACAGACAACGGGAGAUUCGAGGUGAAAUUUAUACCCAAAGUACCCGGUGCUUACAGCAUUGAAAUGAAGAUUAAUGGAGAUACACUCGCCAACUCUCCGUUCACUGCGGCGGUGAAAGAGCGUGAACUUACUGUGGUCGGUAAGUUGGAUCUGAAGUUGUUAGAAGGAGAACGCGUCGACGAUCUUUUUGGAAUCGCGGUAAAUACGAAAGGCAAUAUUGCUGUAACUGACAAUGGUAAAAACUGUGUUUACAUAUUUGAUAAAAAUGGUAAAUGUCUGAGAAAAAUUGGAGCUAAAGGGGAAUUUGCAGCCCCAUCUGGCCUGACAUAUUUGAACGAUGACGAGAUUUUGAUUGCAGACAGAAAUAACAACAGAAUACAACAAAUUAAUAUCCAGACAGGAACUAUUGUGAAAACUUUAGGGAAAAAAGGGGUAGGAAUAGGAGAGUUUAAUCACCCAAUUGAUGUUUGUUUGGAUGAAGAACGUCGCAUUGUUGUAACCGAGACUUCGAGUAAUAGGAUACAGGUGAUGUCACGUGAGGGAGAGACUAUUUCCAUCUUUGAAAACAUCGGCCGAGAAAAAUUUGGAAUACCGUGGAGCUGCCUGCCUUACAAAAAAACAAGUUUUUGUCUCCGAUAGCGAAGAUCGUUGCAUUAAGGCUUUCGACAAGUCAGGAACAUUCUUACACAAGUUUGGCAAACUAGGGAAUUAA